AUGCGGCCGGGGGGCGCGCUGCUCGCUCUGCUCGCCAGCCUGCUGCUGCUGCUGCUGCUGCGCCUGCUCUGGUGCUCCACCGACGCGCCCGCCCGCUCCAGGCUCCUGGUGGAGGAGAGCAGGGACACAGCGCGCGGCACUCCCGCCGCGCUGAGGACGCUCCGGAGCCCCGCGACCCAGCUACCGCGCCCCACGAACAGCACAUAUCUGUUUGAGAAGUCGCUCCAGCUGACAGAAACAUGCAAAAGACUGCAAGAUGGCUUUCAGACUUUAUCCAGCAAACUAAAAAGGUAUUUAGAGAGUGACUAUCUUCAGAUUAUCAGAAAUAUACAGAGCUGUCCGUGGAAACGACAAGAAGAAGAAUAUGAGAAUUUUAGAGCAAAACUUGCUUCCUGUUGUGAUGCUGCUCAAAACUUCAUUGUUUCUCAGAAUAACACUCCAGCUGGGACCAACAUGAGUUAUGAGGUGGAAAGCAAAAACGAAAUCCUAAUUAGAGAGAACAUUUUUAAUAUGUUUCCAGUGUCUCAGCCUUUCAUGGAGUACCCCUACAAUCAGUGUGCAGUGGUUGGAAACGGGGGAAUUCUGAAUAAGUCUCUUUGUGGAGCUGAAAUAGACAAAUCCGACUUCGUUUUUAGGUGUAACCUGCCCCCAAUCACAGGAAACGUUAGUAAAGAUGUUGGCAGUAAAACCAAUGUUGUGACUGUAAAUCCCAGUAUCAUAAAACUAAAAUAUGGGAACUUAAGGAAAAAGAAAGAAACAUUUCUGGAGGACAUUGCAACCUAUGGAGAUGCGUUCCUUCUUCUGCCAGCAUUUUCUUUCAGGGCCAACACGAUUGCCUCUUUCAAAGUGUACGACACCCUAAAGGAGUCUCAAGCAAGACAGAAGGUUCUAUUUUUCCAUCCCAAGUACCUGAGAAAUCUUGCCCUUUUCUGGAGAACUGAAGGUGUGACGGAGUUUCGCCUGUCCUCUGGCUUGAUGAUCACAAGUGUGGCAGUUGAACUGUGUGAGCACGUGAAGCUGUAUGGAUUUUGGCCCUUCUCUAGAACGGUUAAAGACACACCUGUCAGCCAUCACUACUAUGACAAUAACUUACCUAAACGUGGUUUUCAUGAGAUGCCUAAGGAAUAUAGACGAAUUCUCCAACUUCACUUGAAAGGAAUCCUCAAAUUACAAUUUAGCAAAUGUGAAAUAGCCUAA